CAAAAAAAAAAGAUUUUGAAAUUAGAGUGUACAGAGCGCGCGAAAUUCAAAAAGUCACCUUACUUUUUGAUCACACCUCGUAUAAAAUAUUAUGUACUUUUAACUAUAAGUACUUACGCUUCAUAUUUACAAGUUUUUCCUGCUUUGCCUGUCAUUUCAUUAUUGCUCAUCAUAUUUUUGUAGGAAUGUUCCAACGAUUUUAUUUUAUUUUUUACUUGUAACGAAGUAACAGGGUAAUCAUUAAGAUUCAUUCUUUGUGCAACAUGUUUCCAUAAUAUUUUAUACGUUUUUAUUUUCCUUGUAGAUACUUGAUCUUUCAUGUCCUUGUAAAUGUUUAACAACAAUUUUGUUGAUGCAUCAUUCCAAAAGAUUGAUGAAGUUAUACUUAUAGCAGUUCCAUUUGAACCAUUUUGAUCAAUUUCAUCAUUUUGCUUAAUUUCAUCAUUUUCAUUAUUUUGAUUUUGUUGUUCAUUAUUAUAUGUUUCUUUUCUUGUCUUAGAUAGGUCUACGCAAAUUUGAGUUCCAUCAAAAAUAAAAUUUAUAGUAUCAGAAGAAAAAUUUAUUUCCUUUAGAAAUUUCAACUGUCUUCCAUCUAGACAAAAAAUGUUAGAAGAUAAAUAGGUUCAUUUUAGAAACUCGCUUAUAAAAAUGUCAACACGCUUUUUUGUCAUUCUAAUCUUUUUCUAUUGAACGACAAAGAUAAUAAAAAAAUGAGCUAACAUCUUUAUAAGCGCGUCUAAAAUAAGACAAUUUAAAGCUAUUUUCAAAAUGUUUUAUUUAAUUAGACUAUUCAAAUUAAUGUGUUAAUUCUUUUGUUAAUUUUUAAAGAUAUAAAAACAGAAAAUUAAAUUAAACAUCCUGUUAUUGAUAUUAUAUAUACAGCCAUUGACAAAAUUAUUAGGCACCCUUGCUUUUUCUAAUUUCUUAUAACUGUAUGUGCGUAAGCUAAAAAAUAAGUCAUAAAAAAUAAUGGUGGAUAAAAUAAUUUCUCAAAGUUUUAAAUUUAAUAAUAGAUUCCACAUAUUUUAAAUUUAAUAAUACUUGUUAUAAACAGAUCUUCGGUCUGCCGAUGGGAUCACCGUUGUCUCCUAUCUUGGCGGAUUUGGUCAUGCAGGAUUUGGAGUGCAAGGCGUUAAAACUUCUUUCUUAUCAUCUAUCUUUUUACUGCAGAUAUGUAGACGACAUUAUAUUAGCAGCCCCGGCUAAAUCGCUAUCGGACAUCCUUGACACGUUUAAUUCCUUGCAUGAACGUUUACAAUUUACCAUGGAGAGAGAGAUCGAGGGGAAAAUCAGUUUUCUUGAUGUUAUGCUUAUAAAUGUGAAUAAUAGAAUUAUUUUUGAUCAAUACAGCAAACCAACUUUCUCAGGAAGAUACUUAAAUUUUUUCUCACACCAUCCCCUGUGUCAUAAAAAGGGUAUUAUUUUUGGUAUGGUUGACAAAUUACUGUUAUUAUCACAUCCUCAAUUCCACCACUCAAACACCUUUUUUAUAAAGAUGACACCUGCGUGGAUGAUAAACGUGUGAGAAGAUUUUUUAUGAUCCCUUACAUCGAGUCUGUAUCAGAAAAAUUUUCAUCUUUCUCAUGUAAGUUUAACUGCAGUGUUGCGUUCACAAUCCCUUCCAAACUGAACAAAUUUAUAACUACUGGCAAAGACCAUACAGAGCG